UCCGGUGCGGAACCGCGGCCUGGGCGGAGGGCUGGGAACCGGCGCGGGGUCUGAACCGGUAGAUCAGGAGGAGGUGGCGUGUGGGAGUCGGGACGCGCGGCCGUCGCCAUGCCGUUCCUGCACGGUUUCCGCAGGAUCAUCUUCGAGUACCAGCCCCUGGUGGACGCCAUCCUGGGUGCCUUGGGCAUCCAGGACCUGGAGCGGCAGGAGCCCCUGGACGAUUAUGCUGCCGCUGAGGAGAGCCGCAUCCUGGGCCUCACCGAGCUGCUGGAGCAGAAGGCCCACUCUCCAUUCUACCAGGAAGGUGUGAGCAACGCUUUGCUGAAGAUGGCUGAGCUGGGGCUGACUCGGGCAGCUGCUGUCCUUCUGCAGAGCGGGGCCAACCUCAAUUUUGAAGACCCCGUUACCUAUUAUACAGCCCUGCACAUCGCUGUCCUGAGAAACCAGCCUGACAUGGUGGAAUUGCUGGUGCGCCAUGGGGCUGACAUCAACCGGAGGGACCGGAUUCAUGAGAGCAGCCCCUUAGAUCUGGCCAGCGAGGAACCCGAACGCCUGCCCUGCCUACAGCGCCUCUUGGAUCUUGGAGCAGAUGUUAAUGCAGCUGACAAGAACGGGAAGACAGCACUGCUGCAUGCUCUGGCCAGUAGCGAUGGAGUACAGAUCCACAACACAGACAACAUCCGGCUCCUCCUGGAGGGAGGGGCAGACGUCAAGGCCACCACCAAAGAUGGGGACACCGUUUUCACGUGCAUCAUCUUCCUACUCGGUGAGACUGUCUGCGGGGACAAGGAGGAGGCCCCGAUGAUCAACCGCUUCUGCUUCCAAGUUACGCAGCUUCUGCUGGCCCAUGGGGCCGACCCCAGUGAGUGUCCAGCCCACGAGUCCCUCACACACAUCUGCCUCAAGAGCUUCAAGCUGCACUUCCCCCUUCUGCGCUUCCUGCUGGAGUCUGGGGCUGCCUACAACUGCUCCCUGCAUGGUGCAUCCUGUUGGUCUGGCUUCAGCCUCAUUUUUGAGAGGCUGUGUUCCCACCCAGGCUGUGCUGAGGAUGACAGCCAUGUUGAGCUUCUGCAUAAGGCUGAGACCGUGCUGGACCUCAUGGUGACUAGCUCCCAGAGGCUUCAGCUGCCUGAGAACUUCAACAUCCACCCAGUGGGUAGCUUGGCAGGGAAGAUCCAGGCCCUGCAUGCCUCCCUGCGGCAGCUAGAGAGCUACCCACCACCCCUCAAACACCUGUGCCGCGUGGCCAUCCGGCUGUGCCUGCGCCCGUGGCCCGUGGACACCAAGGUCAAAGCCCUGCCCCUGCCUGACAGGCUCAAGUGGUACCUGCUCAGUGCGCACAGCGGCACAGGAGACAGCUGCUGAUGGAGCCUGGGGCAGAGUGGCCUGGGUUGGCUGAAGCCAAGCCUAGGGUAGACCUGGUACUGUAACAGCCUUCUGAGGUUCCUUUUAUCUGGGCAAGCUUUGCCCUUUACUGAUACAAAACCACUAGGUUAGUGCCCUGGAGGCCAAAGGCGUGGCU